AUUUUAUAUUCGAGGUUCCCUACUUCCAGUAAUGACGAUUACAUUUCUAAACUGUUCACAGCGAAGAUGGAGAAAUUACGGUCUUCCACUAUCAGGUUUGUUGUUCAAUGUGUUUGGCAGGGCAGGGGACAAUCUCAGCCAUUAAAUUACUCCCAUCUCGAGAUUUCCUGGUCUUGCGUUUACCCUACCGAAAGUAGUGGGUUCUAGCUUUUUUCACUUGGGGAACUCUCGCUUUCGUUUCCCUCCCGCUUGGUAAUGGAAGUUGUAAAAGUGGUCCUAUUGCUGUUCAUCCUCAUCUGGGUCGUCUCUGCCUCUGACAGUCAUUUGUCUCCGAAAGGAGUAAACUAUGAAGUGGCGGCGUUGAUGUCAGUGAAGAAUUGGAUACGGGACGAGCGGAGAGUGAUGCAAGGAUGGGACAUAAAUUCGGUUGAUCCAUGCACCUGGAAUAUGGUUGCUUGCUCUGUUGAGGGCUUUGUUAUUUCUCUUGAGAUGUCAAAUAUGGGCUUAUCUGGAACGCUUUCCCCUAGCAUUGGGAACCUGAGUUACCUUCGGACAAUGUUCUUGCAAAAUAAUGAAUUAUCUGGUCCAAUCCCAGAUGAUAUAGGAGAACUUUCAGAGCUUCAGACUCUUGACCUUUCUAACAACCAGUUUGUAGGCAGCAUUCCAAGUUCUUUGGGGUCUCUCACUCGUUUAAAUUACUUGAAGCUCAGCAGUAACAAGUUAAGUGGACCAAUUCCGGAAUCUGUUGCAAAUAUUUCAGGCCUUUCCUUCUUGGAUCUAUCCAAUAAUAAUCUCAGCGGCCCAACUCCAAGAAUACUUGCCAAAGAGUACAGUGUUGCAGGGAAUAGCUUCCUUUGUGCAUCUUCAUCGUCUAAAGUUUGUGGAAUAGUUUCAAAACCAGUUAAUGAAACUGGUUCGCCUCAGAAAGAUAAUGGCCGACAUCACUUGAUCCUUUCCAUAGCUCUAAUUGUCAGUUUCACAUUUGUGGUUUCUGUUGUGUUACUUGUUGGCUGGGUGCAUUGUUAUAGAUCUCAUCUUGUCUUCACGUCCUACGUGCAGCAAGAUUAUGAAUUUGAUAUAGGUCAUCUGAAAAGGUUUACAUUCCGUGAACUACAAAAGGCAACAUGUAAUUUUAGUCCCCAAAACAUCCUGGGACAGGGUGGUUUUGGAGUAGUUUAUAAAGGUUAUCUUCCAAAUGGGACAUAUGUUGCUGUCAAGAGACUGAGAGAUCCAAAUUAUACUGGAGAAGUGCAGUUUCAAACAGAAGUUGAACUGAUUGGCUUAGCCGUGCACCGCAACCUCUUGCGUUUGUAUGGCUUUUGUAUGACGCCAGAUGAGAGAUUGCUCGUUUAUCCAUAUAUGCCAAAUGGAAGCGUUGCUGACCGCCUGAGAGAUGCAGGCCAGGAAAAGCCAACAUUGAAUUGGAACAGAAGAUUGUGCAUUGCCCUUGGUGCAGCUCGUGGACUUGUAUACUUGCAUGAGCAGUGUAACCCAAAAAUUAUUCACCGGGAUGUGAAAGCUGCAAAUAUUCUUCUAGAUGAAAGCUUUGAAGCGGUGGUGGGGGAUUUUGGUCUGGCAAAGAUGUUAGAUAGGAGAGAUUCACAUGUUACUACUGCUGUUAGGGGCACUGUGGGACAUAUUGCCCCGGAAUAUCUUUCAACUGGACAAUCUUCAGAAAAGACGGAUGUUUUUGGAUUUGGCAUAUUGGUUCUGGAACUCUUAACAGGCCAAAAAGCACUAGAUGCUGGCAAUGGCCAAGUUCGAAAGGGAAUGAUCCUCGAAUGGGUUAGAACAUUACAUGAGGAGAAGAGGCUAGAUGUGCUGGUUGACAGGGAUCUAAAAGGAUGUUAUGAUGCAAUGGAGCUGGAAAAAGCUGUAGAGUUGGCUCUGCAGUGUACUCAGUCACAUCCACAACUCAGACCGAAGAUGUCCGAGAUCUUGAAGGUUGUAGAAGGUCUGGUUGGACAGUCGAGUCAAAUGGAGGAAUCACCAGGUGGAGCAGGAAGUGUUUAUGAGAAUAGAGCUCACAGUUUCUCCACAAAGUACUGUGAUAUUCAUGAAGAGUCUUCAUUUGUCAUCGAAGCCAUGGAGCUUUCAGGACCCCGUUGAAAGCAAAUAGUUCAUCAAAACAUAAUCAGUUUUGCAUCUCACAAGAGAUGGAAAGCAUUUACGUCCAUCACCAAAUCCAGAAAGCUAACGGCGGACCCUCGUGAUGACUGAUGUCACUGAAUUUAUUUUGUAUCGUAGGAUUCGUGAAAGAAAACGACAUUCAGUCAUAUGAAAAAGUUCCCCAAUAUCAAUGAAGAAUUAGCUUUAAAUGGUGAAAUGAAA